AUGGCAGGCGAAAAACGAAAAUUUCUGGUUAUAGGGAAGGCGAAAAAACCAAGGUGUUUCAAGAAUGUAAAAACUUUGCUAGUUGAUUACGAAGCCAACAAAAAAGCGUGGAUGACGUCGGAGAUUUUCGAAAAAGUUUUACGGAAAUGGGACUCUCAGCUAAGAGGAAACAAAAAGAAGAUCAUUUUAUUUAUUGACAAUUGUCCAACUCGCCCACAAAUUCAAAAUUUGACUAACAUCAAACUGGCAUUCUUACCACCAAACACCACAUCAAUUAUUCAGCCUAUUGAUCAAGGUAUAAUUAAGACUCUUAAAGGCCAUUAUCGAAAGCUUCUAGUGGAGAAAAUGGUAAAAGACAUAGAAAAAAGUACUAUCCCAUUUGCCGUCAAUUUUCUGGAUGCCAUUGAAAUGAUAACAACAGCAUGGGCCCGAGUUACUCCAGAUACAAUUAAAAAAUGUUUUUCACAUGCUGGGUUUGGUAAAUUUUCGAAUUUAAAUACAACUGAUGACGAUUCUGGUGAUGAAUUGGAUAAUUUUCCAUUGGCGAGAUUAUCAUUAGAGGAAGCAACAGUUACGGAUUGGGAAACUUAUGUGAAUAUUGGCGAUCAAGUUAUCACUACUGAUAACUUGACUAAUAAUGAAAUUAUUGAGUCUGUACACAAGAAAAGGAGGAUGAAGAUUGCAAUCUAA